GCCUAGGCAGGCUGAAAAAAGGCCGAAGUAUACCUUAACAUUGAUUUCUUUAUUGUAAAAAAUAAAUUACCGUAAAUUACCGACAAAAUUAUUUUGUUAGACUUUUUUAAUUGCUAUAGAGCGUGUUUAUUUUAUUACUUUUACGUCGUUGUUUUUCAGCUUGUCAUAAUAAAAAGGCAGAAAUGUAAUAAUUUUACGCUUUUUACUGAAAUUUAGUCUUGUUUCGAUUAAAUGCGCAUUUUACGCUUAUUAAUUAAGCAAGGUAGUGGCGUGAAGUUCAACACCAGAACGUCCGGACACCCAACAUAAUAUAGUUUUUCGCCGCUGGAUGCAUUAGGCGCCAAGGCCGAAAAUGACGCCGACGUAACUUGGAUGUUCUCCGAUUGGAGACGCUGCAGAACGUCAAACAAAACGAAAGAAGUGUGAAGCCUGAGUCAGUUUGACAUUACAUAUUGGAUGGUAUUGAUGCUGCGUUGAAUGACUUCUAUUUGACAGGUGCCAAGAAAAUCGGAGGAAACUUAAUUGCUGCCUUAAUUGUUGAUCUUCAAAUUGAAUACAGACCAAGCCACUUGAGAAUUAAAGAGUGAUGGGAUUAUUUGGGAGCGGAAAAUGCACCUCAAAAGCCACUCUUGAAGGAAAAACUGUCCUCAUAACAGGAGCAAACACAGGCAUCGGAUAUGAGACGGCAAAAGACCUUCUAAAAAGAGGAGCUCGAAUAAUCAUGGCGUGCAGAAACGUUGACCGUGCCAAAAGUGCAGCUCGCGAACUGCAAAAGGAAGUGCUAGGCGGCGAAAUUCGCGUUGUUGAACUCAACUUGGCGUCACUUAAAUCAGUCAAAGAAUGCGCCAAUGACAUUCUAGCAUCCGAGCCGAAAAUUCACCUCCUCAUUAACAACGCUGGCGUCAUGGCUUGUCCCUACACUAAAACCGAGGACGGAUUGGAAAUGCAGUUCCAAACAAAUCAUUUGGGACACUUUUUGCUCACAAAUCUUUUGUUGCCCAAAAUCAAAGAAAGUGCCCCAGCCAGAAUAAUUAAUGUUUCUGCUCUUGCACAUCGCGCGGGAAGAGUCAACUUUGACGACCUCCAGUCAACGCGUUCGUACAACUCGGUGAUCGCAUACAGCACGAGCAAACUAUGCAACCUGCUGUUCACCCUGGAGUUGCAGGAGCGACUCAAGAACACCGGCGUCGUCACCUACGCCUUGCACCCUGGCGUGGUGGCCACCGAGCUAGGCAGGCACACGCCCUGCGGCUGCGGCUGGCUUUUCCAGAGACUCGGUUGUUUUAUCAAAACACCGGUCCAAGGGGCUCAAACGACUCUGCACUGCGCGCUGGACGAGCAACUCGCAGAGCAAAAUGAAUUUUACUUCAGUGACUGCAAACCAGCACACGUCUCUGCAAGAGCGAGUAACAAAGACGAUGCAAAAAAAUUAUGGGAAGUUAGCGAAGAACUUGUCAAAAGCUAUCUUUAAAACAACCGCGACUGGCAAUUAUAAAUUUAAUUUAAUAAUAGGUCAUACAAAUUAUGAGAUUAUCAUUAUUUUUUUUUUACAUAAAUGUACUACUUUUAUAAAAAUCUAUUUUGAAACAGAACUUUUUAUUUUAUUACUUUCUAUUUAAUUAUUUCAUAGAACUUAUACCUUCUCCAGCACAAGAUGCACCUAAUAGUUUGAGCUGUAUCAUAAUUUCAACUUCUGAAAAAGUUUGAUGCCAUAUUAAUAUUUUUACACGAUUUAAAAUCCCAUUAUUCAGCCACACAUAUUGCAGAGUAAAAUCAUCUUUUGCUAUGAAAAAGACUCAAUGAAUUCAUUUACAUAUU